UCCCGUAAUUAUUAUUAUUUUUGUUUUCUUUUUUGGGGACACGCUGGGAAUAAUUUAUAUGUGAAAAGAUUGUGUGAUUUUUGACUCUGUGGUGCGCCCUUCGCGAGCGUGAUCUCCAUCAGAGGCUGCACGGAGGAGAAGGAAGGAGGGCUGUUGCAAUGUCAUCUCUCUGCAGGUUUUUGGAGCUCACAAAAGGAGAAAUGCUGGGAUGAAGUGCAUUGGCAGUAUGUCUCUCAGCAGCAUCAGGAGCAGCAGGAGGAGUAGAAGGAGCAGCAGUUGUGGAGGUGUUACUGUCCUACUCUUCUGGGCUCUCCUGACGGUGGUGACGGUGAUCGCCAGCCCUGUGGCAGCUCAGAAACAGAGAUCUGGUGCAUCAGAAAAAGUUCCUGUUCUGAACAUUGCGGUGAUCCUGGGACGCACACGCUACAUCUCAGACCGGGACAUCCGUGCACUGUGGAGCAAAGAUGACCCCAUUGAUGUUAAUGUGGUCACACUGAUGGUCAAUGAGACUGACCCCAAAAGCAUCAUCACGCACAUGUGCGACCUGAUGUCUGGGACCAAGAUCCAUGGUGUGGUGUUUGGGGAUGGCACUGACCAGGAGGCCAUCGCCCAGAUUUUGGAUUUUAUUUCUUCGCAGACACUCAUACCCAUCCUGGGCAUCCAUGGAGGCUCCUCCAUGAUCAUGGCAGAUAAGGAUGUGAAGUCAACAUUCUUCCAGUUUGGUGCCUCCAUCCAGCAGGAGGCAUUGCUGAUGUUGAAUAUCAUGGAGGAGUAUGACUGGCACAUCUUCUCCAUUGUCACGUCAAAGUUCCCGGGCUACCAGGAGUUUAUCAAUGUCCUCAAAACUACAGUAGACAACAGUUUUGUGGGCUGGGACCUGCAGAACAUCAUCACUCUGGAUGCAGUGGAGGAAGACAGCCGGUCUCAGAUCAUGCUGAAGAAGGUCCAGUCUCCCGUGGUUGUGCUUUACUGUGCCAAGAAUGAGGCGGUCUACAUCCUGGAGGAGGCUCGUUCUCUGGGACUCACCGGAUAUGGUUACAUCUGGAUUGUGCCAUCCCUUACCACUGGGAACCCAGAAAUCACACCAGAUGAGUUCCCGUCAGGAAUGAUCUCAGUGUCCUACGACGACUGGGACUACCCGUUGGAGGCACGGGUUCGGGAUGGUCUAGGGAUCAUAACGUCGGCAGCGGCGGCCAUGUUGGAGGAGUAUGGCGAUAUCCCCGAAGCAAAGACUUCCUGUUACGGGCAGAUGGAGAAGACGACCAAACUGCCACCCAGCGCACUGCACAAGUAUAUGAUGAAUGUGACUUGGGAUGGCAGGGAUCUGUCAUUCACCGAGGAUGGUUACCAGGAAAAUCCAAAGCUGGUGGUUAUUGUUCUCAACCAGGAGAGAGAGUGGGAGAAGAUGGGGAAAUUGGACAAUGGCAGCUUGACUGUGAAGUUCCCUGUGUGGCCGCGCUUCAACCCUUUUGGUGAUGGUGAGCUGGAUGACAACCACCUGUCCAUCGUCACUUUAGAGGAGAAACCUUUUGUGAUUGUGGAGGAUGUGGAGAGACUCACAGGGACCUGCAUGAGGAACUCUGUGCCCUGCAGGAAGCACAUUAAAGAUAACACUACGGAGGCUGGUGGGACGUACAUCAAAAAGUGCUGCAAAGGCUUCUGCAUCGAUAUUCUGAAAAAAAUUGCCAAGUAUGUGAAGUUCACCUAUGACCUGUACCUCGUGACCAAUGGGAAGCACGGCAAGAAGAUCAACAAUGUGUGGAAUGGGAUGGUAGGGGAGGUGGUCUACAAGAAAGCAGUCAUGGCUGUGGGAUCUCUGACCAUCAAUGAGGAACGUUCUGAGGUCAUCGAUUUCUCUGUCCCCUUUGUGGAAACGGGGAUCAGCGUCAUGGUCUCUCGUAGUAAUGGGACCGUUUCACCAUCAGCCUUUCUUGAGCCGUUCAGUGCAUCGGUGUGGGUGAUGAUGUUUGUGAUGCUCUUGCUGGUGACUGCCAUGGCUGUCUUCAUGUUUGAAUACAUCAGCCCUCUUGGCUUUAACAGGAACCUGGCACAGGGAAAAGAUCCUCAUGGCCCUUCCUUCACCAUGGGUAAGGCGGUGUGGCUGCUGUGGGGUCUCGUUUUCAACAACUCUGUGCCUGUGCAGAACCCCAAAGGAACCACCAGUAAAUUCAUCGUUUCUGUGUGGGCCUUCUUUGCUGUCAUCUUCCUGGCUUCCUACACUGCCAACCUGGCUGCCUUCAUGAUCCAGGAGGAGUUUGUCGACCAAGUUACUGGACUUUCUGACAACAAGUUUCAGAACCCAUAUGCAUACUCACCUCCAUUCCGCUUUGGGACAGUUCCAAAUGGAUCCACAGAGCGGAACAUAAGGAAGAACUACCCGGCCAUGCACCAGUACAUGGUGAAAUAUCAUCAAACCGGAGUCCAGGAUGCACUUGUCAGCCUCAAAACAGGUAAACUGGACGCUUUCAUCUACGACGCUGCCGUGUUGAACUACAUGGCAGGAAGAGAUGAAGGAUGUAAGCUGGUGACCAUUGGGAGUGGGUACAUCUUCGCUACCACUGGUUAUGGUAUCGCUCUGCAGAAAGGUUCCUACUGGAAACGGCAGGUGGAUCUGGCUAUCCUGGCCAUCAUUGGAGAUGGUGAAAUGGAGGAACUGGAAGCCCAGUGGCUGACAGGAAUUUGCCACAAUGAGAAGAACGAGGUGAUGUCCAGCCAGCUGGAUGUGGACAAUAUGGCCGGUGUCUUUUAUAUGCUGGCCACUGCGAUGGGCCUCUCACUCAUCACCUUUGUGUCUGAACACCUCUUCUACUGGAGGCUGAGAUACUGCUUCACUGGAGUCUGCUCCGGCAAGCCCGGUCUUCUGUUCUCCAUCAGCCGGGGAAUAUGGAGUUGCAUCCAUGGCGUCCACAUUGACAUGAAGAAAAAGACUGAUCUGGAUUUCUGUCCCCAGGACAAAAUGCUUAAGCUCAUUCAGUCAGCCAAACACAUGACCAACAUGUCCAAUAUGGGUGGAAUGAAUUCACCAAAACGUGAGUUCAUACACUCAGCUGGGCCAAUGAUCAUGGAUAUGAUGGCAGAAAAGGGCAAUUUUGUCUAUGCUGACAAUCGAACAUAUGCACCUAAAGAUGUGAUGUAUGGAGACACUGGGGACCUGCAAUCUUAUCUUGCAAACCGCCACAAAGACCACCUUAAUAACUACAUAUUCCAGGGAGGGCAACAUCCUCUGACCCUGAAUGAUGCCAACCCUAACACAGUUGAGGUUUCAGUGAGUGCAGAUGCAGUUCAGGCAAAUGCCAAGCCCCCGAGGACACUGUGGAAGAAGUCAGUGGACAUGCUCCAUUCGAUGCCAGCUGGACCUUCACCGAUGCCUGACAUGCUUAUGCCAGACCCACGAAUAUCCAUGAAGACACAGCGGUACCUCCCUGAGGAUACGGCCCACUCUGACAUCUCUGACUGUUCCAGCAGAGCAGCCUCCUACAAGGACCCAGAAAACAACAAGCACCUGAAGGCCAAGGACAACUUAAAAAAAAGAUCUGUGACAUCAAAAUACCCAAGGGACUGCAGUGAGGUGGAGCUGUCCUACUUAAAGACUAAGCAGGUCACUGGCGGAACCAACCAAGCUGGGAGAGGAGGAGGAGGAGGAGGAGGAGGAGAGAAAGUAUACACCAUUGACUCAGACAGAGAGCUGAGCCUGCAUUCAGACCCCAUUCACUACCAUGAGAGCUGUGGCCUAGCUGCAGAUGAUUUAGAGUACCCUGAAAUCUAUUCUGACCACAGUGAUACCUACAGGAAGUGUGAGCAGCCAAUCAUCCACUUGAACUCCUCACCUUUGCAUCACACAGACUCAGAUCUUCUUCCAGACCCAACCUACUCUAAACACUAUAACCUGAAAGAGAAAAACAUUCCCCUGUCACCACAUGAAACCAUUGACCGCUACAAACAGACUCAUUGCCGCUCCUGCCUAUCAAAAAUGACCACUAGUUACCCACCAGGAGGACCAUACACCCCGACUGGGUCUGUCUCAGCUUCUGCCACAAGGUCUCCUUAUAACCGAUGUGAAGCAUGCCUCCACACAGCGAACCUGUAUGACAUUAGUGAGGACCAGCUACUGUCAGACCCUUUAGUCAGUCCCACUAUGCACCACCAACAGCAGCAACCAGAUGAAAUGCUCGGUCUUUACUGGCCUCAGACGGAUGGACCUCACAUCCAGAAGAGGAACCGUUUGCGGCUAAGCCGACAACACUCCUUUGACAACAUCAUGCUUGAGAAGCCCAAGGACAUAGAUCUGGGCCGUCCAGCACGUAGUGUCAGCCUCAAGGAGAAGGACCGCUUCCUGAACUCUGUUUCUGACUCACACUAUGCCAACCUCUUCGGCAUGCGUCCUUACUCUGGCAGACUGUUUGGCACUGGGUCUAAAUCCAUGGUUUUCAACCACAACCUGGAGGAGAGCAAGAGGAGCAAGUCCCUUUACCCAGCCCAUGGCUCUGAAAAUCCUUUCCUCACCCACUCGCUGAGGGAAGACUCCAGCAGCAGACUGGUUCAUGGGCGGAGCUCCUCUGAUAUUUACAAACAGCUGGUAGGGGCCUCGCCAGCAGCAGCAUGUGAAGCGGCCCCCAUUAAUGUGAACAAUCUCCGUUCCACGACUUCAUACUGCUCACGAGAUAGGAGGAUAGCUAAUGACAUGUACAACAAAGAGCAUGUGAUGCCUUAUUCAACCAAUAAGACUAGUCCAUACCCAGCACCUCGUGGCGUUCUAAACUCAGCCCAGUUCAGUAAUAGACGGGUGUAUAAAAAAAUGCCCAGUCUGGAGUCAGAUGUUUAGUUGAUCUAUGAUGUGUAUUCUCCUCCUUAUUCUUCUCUGGCUUUGUAUUAUAAUUUAUCAACUAUGUUAUCGACUAAUGGAUAACAAAGCCACACUACAAUUUUCUUCUCUUUAACACUGUAAUCCAAAAGAACUGAUGCCCUCUUGAGGAUGGAGGUACUUCUAUUACUUCUCUCUUUGCAAAUUAUAUCACCAUUUCUGUCCAUUCUCUCUCAUGUACCCAUGAGUUUAUUACAUGGCUGAUACUUGGCCACAUGAUUUAGCAACUUAGCCAGGAGAAGUUUCAUUAAUGUGUCUGGGGUGAAAAGGGCAUGAAAUGUCAUUGGUCCAUUACCGAGACUAAGUAACGUGUAAUGUAUGAUUGUUAGAGUGUUUAGUAGAGAGGCUGUUGAAAUGUGGGAGAAAAUAAUGAGGAGACCGGGAGGUGAUGACCCCUCUUUCACCCUGCCGUCCCUUUUGCCGUUCCACGUACGCUGUCAAGCUUAAGUUUAAGUAGCUGAAGGGAAGCGGGCUGAUACGGAGACCAGAUGGGCACAUUUGAUGUUGCCUACAGACACAGAGGCGUCCCAGGAGGGUAGAGGUGUGACAGUAAGACAGUUCAACGAUCUGCUGCUUGUUACUCUGACAAAUAUGGCCACUGGGACACCUGGCAAGGAAAGAGAGAGAGGAGGGAGACAACAGUGAGCAGUUAGGCAUCAGUGUAGUUUGUCAAAAUUUGCUGGAGUCUGUAGUAGGUGCUAUCAAUGAGUAAUGUUUACAGACUGAUUGAAAAAAAAAAACAAGUGAAGAUGAGCAGGGACACGUGAAACAACUGAUAGACAUAUUUUCCAGGCAAGUCGCAGUUUUUUGCUAGUUUUGGAUGUCCUGAAACAUAUAUUCCAAUAUGAUUUACACACCGAAAAGUCAUACAUUCAUGAA